GGACGCCUCGCCCUCGACGGCGUGGGUAGUGACAUGGCUUUGCUUGCCGCGCGUCUUCACAGUGAGUUUGGUGCUUGGGUAACGCACAGUGAAAAAGGAAAUCGAUACGUUAUCGAAAGAAACGGAUGUCGAGAAUUUUAUUCGGUUUGUGCGUGAUAAUUGUGAGCAACUGAAGUCAAAUCAAUCUGAAUCUUCAUUAAAUCAAUCUCUUUUUACAUUAAACAAAAAGACACACACAAAUAUCGACUUAACAAUGAAGGAAGCAAGAAACUGGAACGAUGAAUCUCGUUACGCUUUAAAUGUUUACAAAAAAGUUCUUAAUAUAAUUGGAGUUUGGCCUUUGAAUGCGGAAGAGUUUACAUCUGUUGCACGGUGCUCUUUAGCUAUUUUGAUCCAGAUCAGUACUAUCGUCAGCCUGUCUCUGGAAGCAUACUGGCAAUGCCUCGGUCCCGAAGAUAUGAUGGAAGCUUUUCUCAUGGACCUCUCAUCUGUCGUCAGCCUUUCCAAGCUUCUCGUCAUUCGUCUUUCCUGGAGGCAUACUUACGUCUUGGUGACUUCCAUUAUUGACGACUGGUCGAUAUCCCGGGACACACAACGACGGGAAAUCAUGAUGAGGUACACCCACGCCGGCAGGGCUGUAUCCUUGACGAUGUUGUAUUUGGGCUACGCAUCGGGCUUCUCGUUUAUCUUCAUGGCCAUUCCGUUUGACAGCUUCAUACCCUGGCUAAACGUAUCCGAAGUGAAUAAUAACGAUACAAUGGUGACACCGUAUUUUUUAGCAACUUACUGCGUUUUCGGAUCAUUACGAACAAUCGCUUACACCUGUGUCCUGCUGCUACAAGUGGCGCAGAUCUUCGUCAACGCUACUUCGCAUUGUGGAAACGAUGGUUUCUUUUUUGGUCUCGCGAUGCACCUAUGCGGGCAGUUCGAAGUACUGCAAAUGGACUUCGCCGGCAUCAAAGCUGAAGAGCAAACCUGUAAGAAAGAGAUAAAAAUGUUAAUUAGCAGACAUUGCGAUUUGAUAAGGCUGGCUGACAGUUUUGAAUACGCUUUCAACAUGGCUAUCUUCGCGCAAGUGUCAAUGAGUGUACUGCUGCUUUGUGUGGAAGGUAUGCAAUUGAUAAUAUCGUUGAAGUUAAAUGAUAAUAUCGCAGCAAUAAAACAUAUUGUCCUGAUUCUGACAAUGCUGGUGCAACUGUAUCUCUAUUGCUAUGCUGGUGAUCAACUAGAAUACGUAACUGGAAGGAUCGGCUACAGUCUUUACGACAGUCCAUGGUACAAUUUUGAUCUGAAAGCAAUGAAAAAUUUGCCUAUGGUGAUGCAUCGAGGAAGGAUGCCUCAUCAAACAACCGCCGGAAGGUUUCUACGAAUGAAUUUAUUUUCAUUCAAAGAGAUCUUGAAAGCUACAGGUUCCUAUCUCUCCGUUCUCAGAGUGAUGAUAGACGUGUAA